AUGGCAAGUGUAGUAAAAGGGCUGUCUUUGCUCUUCGAUAGGCCCAAUGAGCCUAUGGUGUCACCGAAAGGGGACGAUAAUGCCAUUUUUCAAAUUUCCGAACAGUUCUUGACUGACGACUACAAAAACAACGGUAUUGAAAUUAACAACCGUUAUGGGGAAAAUGCAUCAGAAAUAAUUCCUCUAGAGAAUUUACGUCGAGUGCCCAAGUUUUCGAAAGCAAAGCGCUUACCAAAGGAUUCAGACUUCUCAUUGUUCUUGCCAGCCCACAGGGAAAUGGCAGAUGAAGUCGUUGAUGAACUUAUGGGUGUUCCUGAAAAUCAAUUGCAGCAGUUCCUAUCUACAUGUACAUACGCCCGUGUUAAUCUCAACCCUCAACUCUUCAACUAUUGUUACAGUGUUGCGUUAAUGCAUAGGCGUGACACCAGAAAUGUUCCCAUUGCAAACUUUGCAGAGACAUUCCCUUCAAAAUUUGUGGAUUCUCAAGUUUUUUCUCAAGCCCGUGAGACAGCUGCGGUUGCUGCUCAAGGAGCACCGCGCACUCCAAUAAUUAUACCAAGAGAUUACACAGCAACAGACUUGGAUGUGGAACAUCGUUUAGCGUACUUCCGUGAAGAUAUUGGUGUUAACCUACACCACUGGCAUUGGCAUCUCGUCUACCCAUUUACUGCCAACCAGAGAGAAAUUGUUGCUAAGGACAGACGUGGAGAACUGUUUUUCUACAUGCACCAGCAAAUUAUUGCCAGGUACAAUGGCGAGCGACUUAAUAAUUCUUUACCCAGAGUCAAAAAGUUCAAUAACUUCAAUGAGCCAAUAUCGGAAGCGUACUUCCCAAAACUUGACAGUCUUACAUCGUCCCGGGGUUGGCCUCCACGACAGGCCAAUAUGCAAUGGCAGGACUUGAAUAGACCAGUUGAUGGUCUUAACGUGACUAUCGCGGAUAUGCAACGCUGGAGGCGGAACAUCGAAGAUGCUAUUGCCACAGGAUUGGUGCAAUUGCCCAACGGCUCAACCCGCGCACUGGACAUAGACACUCUCGGCAAUAUGGUAGAAGCAAGUGUACUGUCUCCUAAUAUGGACCUCUAUGGCAGUUUGCAUAACAACGGACACAGCUUCUCCGCGUACAUGCAUGACCCAACACACAGAUAUCUGGAAUCGUUUGGCGUGAUAGGCGAUGAGGCAACAACUAUGCGUGAUCCAUUCUUCUUCCGCUGGCACGCCUUUAUUGACGACCUUUUCCAGAAAUACAAGGAAUCCGCUAAUGUACGCCCAUACACACGCUCCGAGUUGGAAAACCCAGGCGUGAGAGUAACAUCUGCACGUAUUGAUAGCUCGGAUGGGGCAACCAACGAGCUGCAUACAUUUUGGAUGUCAAGCGAUGUUGACCUUUCUCGUGGCCUUGACUUCUCGAACAGAGGUCCCGUGUAUGCCCGCUUCACUCAUUUGAACCAUCGCGAUUUCCAAUAUACAAUUGAGGUGGAAAAUAACAGCAACGCCUCGCGUGGUACUGUCCGUAUCUUUAUUUCGCCGACCAACGAUGAACGUCAGCUUAGCUGGGCGCUCUCUGACCAGCGCAAGAUGUUCAUAGAGAUGGACAGAUUUGUUGUGCCGUUGAACCGCGGCCGUAAUGUCAUAACCCGCCGUUCAUCUGAGUCGACCGUUACCAUUCCAUUCGAGCAGACGUUCCGUGACCUCGGUGCUCAGGGUUCAAAUCCUAGGAACACAGAUCUCGCGUCAUUCAACUACUGCGGUUGCGGCUGGCCCCAACACAUGUUGGUGCCAAAGGGAACCGAGAGUGGCACACCAUAUCAAUUGUUCGUUAUGGUUUCCAACUAUGAACUGGAUUCGGUGACCCAAGAAGAUGGUUCAGAAAUGUCAUGCAAACAAGCUUCAAGCUUCUGCGGUAUUAGAGACAAGUUAUACCCAGACAAACGAGCUAUGGGAUAUCCCUUCGACCGGCCAUCCAGCUCUGCCACCAAUAUCCAGGACUUUAUUCUCCCCAACAUGUUGCUUACCAACAUCUCCAUCAAACUGCAGAACACUACUGAACAAAAUCCACGUAACCCUACCAUUUAA